AAGCGUCAUUCGAAUGUGAUUGAAAAAUUGAAAAAUCUUCUUUUUUUCAACUUUAACAGAAAGAAAUUGAGGAUUUUGUGAACGAUGGAUAGAUGGAAUGAAAAAACGGCUGUUGUCACCGGAGCAUCGUCAGGAAUUGGUGCUGCAAUCGUAUUGGAUUUACUAAAGGCUGGAGUAAAUGUGGUUGGUUUGGCAAGACGUAAAGAACGUAUAGAUGCACUUCGUGAAAAAAUUCCAGCCAAUUCGGCAAAUGGUAAAUUAUAUGCAAUCAAAUGCGAUUUGACACAAGAAUCUGACAUAAAGAGUGCUUUCAAUUGGAUUGAGAGUAAUUUGGGGGGCACUGACAUUCUGGUGAAUAAUGCGGGCAUCAUUAAAACUAUGAAUCUAUUAGAUCCGAAUAAUACCGACAAUUUACGUGAAUCUAUUGAUACAAAUGUUCUCGCUGUUGUGCUGGCCUCACGUGAGGCAUUCCAGUCAAUGAAAAAACGCCACAUAAACGGACACAUAAUUCAUAUCAACAGCUGUGCUGGGCAUAAAAUCCCAUAUUUUGUUGGGAUGUAUCCAUCAUUCAAUAUUUAUCCAUCGACCAAAUUUGCUGUCACUGCAAUGACCGAAGUUAUGCGACAAGAGCUUCAAAAUUUUGGCACCAAAAUCAAAGUGACUAGUAUAAGUCCAGGAGCUGUAAAAACGGAAAUUUUUAAGCCAGAGAUUUUGGAAUUGAUACAAAACAUUCCGUUUUUGGAUCCGGAGGAUGUAUCGCAAGCCGUUAUGUAUGCACUUGCUACAAGAGAACAUGUUCAAGUGCAUGAGCUUAUUAUAAAGCCGAUUGGUGAACAUGCAUAAAAAAUGGAAUCUAAAUAUCAGUUUUUUUUAGUUUAAAAUCAUAUUACUCUAUAAUCAAAAAUAUAUCACUCA